AUGGGUAUUGGAACUAUUGCACAAGCCACUCAGAACGAUCCAACCCUCAAAAAGAUUGCAACACUCGUCAACCAGGGGUUAACCUGGAUCGAAAAAACAGAGUCGAAAGAAAUCCAACGUUUCCAGAAAAUACUUCCAAAGCUUACGAUGACCGCAAAUGGUAUUAUUCUGAAAGGCGAAAAGAUCGUACUUCCAAGUAACCUCCAAGAUACGGCCAUCCGACUGGCACACAGAGGAGCUCACCCUGGCCAAAGUGGACUUGAACGACGACUCAGAUAUCAUUUUUUCUUCCAUAAUAUGAGUAAGAAAAUAGAAGAAUUCGUCAAAUCAUGCAACCACUGCAGUAUGUUCAUUGACAAAAAGACAAAAGAACCCAUCAAACCACACCGGGUUCCCGAGAAAUGCUGGGAUACUGUAUCAGUCGACCUAUUUGGCCCGAUGCCAACAUCUAAGCACGUGGUCGUCGUACAAGACUUAGCAUCACGAUUCCCAGCCGCAAAACUGGUUACAUCGACAAAGGCAGAUAAAGUGUUACAAGCUCUCAGCGAAAUUUAUACAACGUAUGGCAACCCCGAGGUCCAAAUUUCCGAUAACGGGCCUCCCUUCAAUAGCGCUCAGAUGCACGACUUCGCAACGAGGCUCCUGAAAAAGAAACAUUGGAGACAACACUAA